AUGGCGCUGUUCUACGAUUACUUGGUGGAGCUGCCUCCCAACACGCGACAGCUCUGCUCGGCGUGGAGCGAGAGCGAGUCCAUCUUGGCCGUCGCGCUCGACAACCGCGAGGUUCACUUUUUCAGCGAUGAGGGCAAAAAGCUCCCAGCAACCGUCCAUUUGCGCAAGGCCGACAUCAUGUCCAUCGCGUGGCAGCCGCGGGGCACGGCCCUCGCCGUCGCGUGGGGCGAUGGCAUGGUGUCGCUCUGGGUCCCAAAGGAGAACGCAGCGCGUGAAGUCAACUCACCGCACACGACCCGCCUCACGCUGCUCAAAUGGGCGCCGUUCGGCAAUCGCCUCGUCACGGGCGAUGAGAAUGGUAUCCUCGCCGUCUGGAAGGUCGACGCGCGCAGCCAAAUGACGCUCGCGACGCAGUACACGCGCCAAGGCAGCUUGACGCAGUGUGUCUUUUGUGUUUCGCCGCAGAAGCGCGAGAAGGAGGCCAAAGGCGACGUGUCCUUCUCGGCGACGGCCGCGUGCCCGUCUUUCUUUUUUGGCGGCGACAUUGGCUCGGUGCACUACGCCGACGAUUUAGGUCACAUCUCGGACGUCCAAAUGCUUAGCCACGCGAUCGACUGCAUGAUGUUUUACGAAGAAAAGCACCGACUUGUGGUGAUUACCCGCACGUCGCAGCUCGUGCAGCUCCAGAUCGCCUCGGACGGCACGGUCAAGCCCGUCAUGAAGGGCAAGCUGAGUGUCUCGGCCGAUACGGGGCUCAAGGAGGCCAUUUGGGCCGGCCCCGGUCUCUUGGCGACGGCGUCCAACGAGCAAGUCAUUCGCUUUUGCGAUCUCCAGAAAGAAGAAAACUUUGUUCUGAGUCUCGCGAGCGCGGGCUUGCCACCGACGGACCGUGUGAGCGCGCUGGACUUUAACCCACGCAAGCGCAUUCUCGCGGCCGGUACGAAUGAAGGCAAAGUGGUCUUCUGGCGCUGCAACGGCCCCAAAGCCACGCAGUGGGCGCUGCUCGCGCACGCCGACAUGCGUCAGCCGGUGGUCAAGCUCGGAUGGAGUCCGCUCUCAUCGUACGUUUACGGCCACGCCCCGCUUGCCGGCGUCAGCAUCUUUCACGAAGCCAUCAUGAACCGGUGCGUGAGCGGCGACACGGCCGUGAUCCAGACCCGACCAAAGGGGCUCUCGAUCGAAAAGUUCUCGAAUGGCACGGUGCUCCAAGCGUCGCUGGAAGCGUCGAUUCACAUCAAGGGUCUGGCCCACGACGGCAACACGAUCAUGGUCUGGAACGGCUCGGACGCCGAGGUUUUUGAGCUCCAGAAUGGCCUCGAAGGCAAGUCUGCGGGGAAGUUCAAGUGCAAUGCGAGUGCCAUGCAGCUGCGCGGCGACACCGUCUACUUGACGAACGGCAACCACGUGCACGUAACCAACGCCAAGGGCGUGAUCAAGAAAGAGCUCAACUUUACUGGGGCCGAGGGCAAGCCGACUCUGCUCCAUGUCAACAACAAGUUUCUUGCCGUCGGCACCGACACGGGUCUCAUCCGCGUCUUUGACCUCUCGCGGAAAAACCUCGAUGCGUUCGGCAGCAUGGGCAACAUGAUGAAGGGCCUCCCGGGCAUGAGUGAAAAUUCCAUGCUGCACUCGCUGAGCGUCAACUGCGACGGUACGCGCGUCAUCUUCUUGGUCGACGGUGUCGAAGGCACCUUACGUGUCCGCAUUCCGCACACCAAAGUGUACCUCUUCAAUACGGACCUGAACGUCUUUCAGUCGUUCGACUGCGGGCCGGUGCGCUAUCCCGUGGCCCACUUUUGGGACCCGCAGGAACCGCGGCUCUUGGCGUGCGAGACCUUUCACGCCAAGCUCGACGAGCAGAGUGCCAAGCCCAUAAGCUCGAGGGACGACGUGGCGCCAGCCAAGAACGAUGGCGACGGCGGCGCGGACGCAACACGCCUACCGUCCUCGGCGGAAAAAGAGAUUUUGAUCCUCUUUGCGUCCAACGAGCGCGGGCUCUUGAUGCAAGACAACUUUGAUUUGGACGCCAAGUACUCGGCGCUGCUCGGCAUGCACGUGCCACGUCUCUACUUGAGCUCCAACCAAGAUAGCCGCGAUGCGAAAGACGCGGAUGGACCGGUCGCGCUGCUUCGGUCCAGGAUCAUGCGCGAUUUCGUGGGCCUCGACCGUGUCGACGAGCCGACGCGCCAAGCGCUCAUCGACUUUUCGUACUUCAUGACGGUCGGCAACAUGGACGAAGCGUACCGGUCGGUCAAGCUCAUCCAGAACGCGUCCGUGUGGGAGAACAUGGCGCACAUGUGCGUGAAGACCAAGCGCCUCGAUGUCGCGCAAGUGUGCCUCGGCCACAUGGGCCAUGCGCGAGGUGCAGCGGCGGUCGAUGCGGCGGCCCGCCCAAUGGCGCCGGUGGAAGUGCCCAUUGCCAUGGUGGCCAUCCAACUCGGGCUCCUCGACGACGCGGCGCGGCUAUACAAGGAGUCGAACCGGUUCGAUUUGCUCAACAAGCUGUACCAAGCCGCGGGGUUUUGGUCGAAAGCGAUUGAAGUCGCGAAUAAGCGCGACCGGAUCCACCUCAAGAGCACGCACUUCGCGUACGCCAAGCACCUCGAGGACGAAGGCAACCUCAAGGACGCGAUGCGGCACUUUGAGCUCGCAGGCACCGCCGCCAAAGACAUUCCGCGCAUGCUCUUUGGCCUCGGGAAGCUCGAGAUGCUCGACACGUAUGCGAGCAAGACGGACGACCCGGCGCUUCUCCUCUGGUGGGCGCAGUACCAAGAGUCGAACCACGAGUUCGAUGCCGCCGCCGUCUGCUAUCGCCGCGCGAAAGACUAUCUCUCGCUCGUGCGCGUGCUCUGCUUCAAAAAAGACUUUGACGCGGCCGGCCAAAUCGUCGCCAACACCAACAACCGCGCGGCCGCGUACCACCUCGCGCGCCAAUUCGAGGCCCACGACGAAGUCGGCAAAGCGAUCCAGUUCUACGCGCUCAGUGGCAGCUACGGCCACGCGAUUCGGCUCAGCCGCGAGCACAACCUCGACGGCGACCUCAUGCAGUACGCACUCCUGAGCAAGCCGGGUCCGAUGCUCGAGUGUGCGCAGUACUUUGAAGCCAAAGGGGAGCACGAAAAGGCUGUCGCGCUGUACCACAAGGGCGGGUAUGUGGCCAAGGCGCUCGAGCUCUGCUUCCAAGCGUCGCUCUUCGACGAGCUGCACACGAUCGCAGAUGAGCUCGGCGCCACGACGGGCACGUCGCCUGCGAUCUUAAGCAAGUGCGCCGACUUUUUCGCGCAAAAUGGACAGCACGCCAAGGCGGUGCCGCUGCUCAUCUUGGCGCAGCGCGUGCCGGACGCACUCGACAUGUGCGUCGCGCACAAGGUCAAGAUCACAGAGGAGAUGGCCGAGAAGCUCACGCCGCCCAAGCCCGACGACGAUCCGGCCGGCACGAAGCGCCGAAACGAGCUCUUGAUGAAGAUCGCCAAGUGCUGCAAGCACCAAGGCUCGUACCAUUUAGCGACAAAGAAGUACACCCAAGCCGGCGCGAAAUUGAAGGCGAUGAAGUGUCUUCUCAAGUCGGGCGACACGGAGAAGGUCGUCUUCUUCGCCAACGUCUCGCGCAACAACGACAUUUAUGUGCUUGCGGCCAACUACCUCCAGACGCUCAAUUGGGCCAAGGACUCGGAUUUGGCCAAGAACAUUGUGGGCUUUUACACCAAAGCUAAGGCGUUCGAGGCGCUCGCGGGCUUUUACGAAGCCAACGCCAACGUCGAGAUUGACGACGCCAAGGACUAUACAAAAGCGCAGUCGUACCUUGCGGAAGCCGCCAAAGCGCUGGCCAAAGCCACAAGCGCCGGAAAGGAAAAGCGACUUGCACAGCUGGAGCGCCGCGGGCAGCUCAUGGCGGCGUUCGCCGAUGCGCAGAGCGCGGCCAAGGCGGACCCGGCCGAAAUGGUGCGCCUCGUCCACGUGCUGCUGGAAGAGCCGGACGUCGACUCGGCCGUCCGGCUCGGCGACGCGUUUGGGCUGCUGGUGCAGCACGCGUACGCGAGCGGCGACAAGGACCAGGUCGCAGAGCUACUGGAUGCGAUGCGCAGCCGCAACAUCCCGCUCAAGGGAUACGUAUCGAGUAAGAUCCUCAACGACGUGCCGCUCCAGACCAAGAGCCGUUUGGAAGCCAAGGGCGGCGACGACGGUGGCAAGAACGCCGACGAGGACGAAGAGCUCGACGAAGACAUUGCGGACGAAGCCGACGUGAGUCCCCGCCGAAAGUAACUCACUGUGAAUAUACAACUGCACAACGUCUU